AUUGAGGGAGAGUAAAGUAAAGCUGUGUGAAACCGCUGAAACUCAGAGAAUCAGUAAAGGUCUUUGUUGUAGCUGCUGUUCUAACUUUAAACCGCUUCGUACAGUUUGUGUGCAGUCACUAUUCAGUCUCCGCGUGUUUUGGGGCAGAGUGAAGCCUAUUUCUGUAUAAAGGAAGAAACAGUUUGUGUCCAUGCAGCGGUUACUGUGUGAGAAAGUGAUGGCUUCUGAGAGCAGGAACCCCAGCGGUGAGGGGAAAGACACCAGCCGGAGGAAAGUCCUCGUCUUCCUAGAUCUCUUCUGCCUCUUCAUGGCCGGUCUGCCGUUCCUGAUCAUCGAAUCCAGCGCCGUGCGGCCGUACCACCGUGGCUUCUACUGUGGCGAUGACUCUAUAAACUACCCAGCCAAAGAUGGAGAGACCAUCAGUGAUGGGGUUUUAUCGGCUGUGGGCACACUCAUCGUCAUCCUCUCGAUCACGAUAGGCGAGAGCUAUCGGAUCCACUUCCUCCACGAGGGCUCCAACGCAUUCGUCAGGAACCCCUACAUCUCAGCCCUCUACAAACAGGUCGGGGUUUUCCUCUUUGGCUGUGCCAUCAGCCAGUCCUUCACCGACAUCGCCAAGGUGUCAGUGGGUCGUCUGCGUCCUCACUUUCUGGACGUGUGCAAGCCGGAUUUCUCCAAGAUUAACUGCUCGAUGGGAUACAUCACCGAGUACAUGUGCACCGGAGAGGACAGCAGGGUUCAAGAGGCCAGGAAGUCCUUUUUCUCAGGCCAUGCUUCUUUCUCCAUGUACACCAUGCUUUAUUUAGCUCUCUACCUGCAGUCGAGGUUUACCUGGGAAGGAGCGAGGCUGCUACGACCUCUGGUGCAGUUCACGCUCCUCAUGAUGGCCUUCUACACUGGUUUAUCACGGGUUUCUGACCACAAGCACCAUCCCACUGAUGUGCUGGCUGGUUUUGUGCAAGGAGCCCUGGUGGCCUACUGCGUUGCUUUCUAUGUGUCUGACCUCUUCAGGUCAAAGGACAGAGGUUCAUCCCUUCCACCAACCCCUAUAAAGAAAGAGCUUCUCCCAACUGUGGAACGAAACAACCACCUCACUUUAGCAUGACUCUAACAGCCGGGGACAUGCAGAGGUGUCCGGGCGUCCACACGGACUGGACUGGUCACUGAGCUAGAGGUGGCUUCACUCCCCAGCACACUGGCCUACACUGGACUGAUGUAAACCACAUGUGAAUAUUAACGUGGCAAAAAUCGGCUGCAUGUUUAAAAAAAAAAAUGUAAACGCUAGCUGUUAAAGCUGAGAAACCAUUCCAGAGCCGCAACACUAAGAAGAAGGAGCUACUUGUUUAUCUCUUCAAUCUUGAAUGGAAACUAAAACGGAAAGGAAAAGCUAUUUCUGAGAAGACAUGGUCAUUUAACCUGAAACAAAUUCCUAGCCAAGGGGAAGGAUUUUUAUUUUUUUUUAUCGACUCGCUACACGGUGGACUGUGAAUAAGAUUUGUGAAUGUAGCACACUAUUCAAACCUCAUGUCUAACUACACUUGAAUGUUCAGUGAAUUAGAAAAUACCUUGAUCUGGUACUUAUAAGCCCUGAACAGCAUGUUGUAGAAAAUAACCGAGGCGUUAUGUAGAUAUCGUGACGUAUCUUGAUACUUGUUAAAGCUAUCAUUAUUAUUAUUUAAUAUACUGACUGGACAAUUUAUAAGGAAGCCCAUAUUUAAUCAAGGGACCAUGAGGCAGCAGCUCAGUGUGUAAAUUCAUGUAAGUGUGAGUCAAAAGCUUCUUUAGAUCAAACUUGGGGUAAAAGUGAAUUCAAUGACUAUGGUAUAUUGUUAUUAGUGCCAGACAAACUGGUUCAUCUUUCAGAAACUGCCGAUCUGCUGGAAUUUUCACAGAUAACUAUCUCUAGACCCCACACUAGAGAAUGGUGUGGAGAAGG